AUGGAUCUCACAACGCUAUUUUACAAUCUGCGCGAAGAAGUGUCUUGUUCGGUGUGUUCGGACAUAUUUACAGAUCCUAAACAUCUCUCCUGUCUGCACAGUUUCUGCUCAAAGUGUCUUCACCAAUGGUACGAAACGUGCGGGGGCGGCGAAGCCAUAAAAUGCCCAAAAUGCCAAACCUUCAGCCGAGUUCCUGCAAGCGGUGAUCUAAAAGAUCUUCCAACCAGUUUUUAUUUGAAUGGCUUAAUCGAUGUUCUUGCUAUAAAAGAAUGCCAGAAGACUCAGGUGAAAUGUGGGAACUGCGACAAGAAGAGAUCGGAAGUUUCGUACUGUUUCCAGUGUUGUAUAUUUUACUGUGAUCAAUGUGUUGCCGCCCACAAUAUUUUGCGAAGAAACAGAUAA